AUACGCGAUACUUGAAAGUUAUUGUAGCAUCACAUACAAAGGAAUCUAAAAGCAAAAUGGAUGAGAGUUCAUGUGUAUCUGCUCCAAAGAGAAGGUUGGAAGGCAAGGUGGCUAUUAUUACUGGUGGUGCAAGUGGUAUUGGAGCAACUACAGUCCGUGUCUUUGUUGAGAAUGGUGCAAAAGUUGUCAUUGCAGACAUUCAAGAUCCACAGGGUGAAAUCGCAUCCCAGCUAGGCGAAAACGCUCAUUACGUUCAUUGUGAUGUCUCCAAAGAAGACGACGUGAAAAAUUUGAUCAACGCUACAAUUUCAAAAUUUGGUCAUCUUGACAUAAUGUACAACAAUGCUGGCGUCUACGACACAACAAUAAAAGGCAUUUUGGACACAGAAACCGCUGAGCUAGAGCGUAAAAUCGCGGUGAAUUUAAUUGGAUCUUUCUUAGGAGCAAAAUAUGCGGCUAAAGCGAUGGUAUCUCGUAAAAGGGGGUGCAUUUUGUUCACAACAAGUUGUUGCACUGAAGUGGCUGGAAUUGGAUCACACACUUAUGUUGCAACAAAAUAUGCAAUUGUGGGAAUGUGCAAGAAUUUGGCUGCUGAAUUAGGGUUACAUGGAAUAAGAGUGAAUUGCAUUUCACCCUUUGCUAUAUUGUCAAGUAAAGUUGAUAAUGAAAGUGAAGCAAGAUAUGAAGGAAUGAUGGGUGCUAUAGGAAAUUUAAAAGGGAUUGCUCAUAACAAAGAAGAUGUAGCAAAUGCUGCUGUUUUUCUUGCUGGUGAUGAAGGGAAGUACUUAAGUGGUCAUAAUCUUGUAAUUGAUGGAGGGUUUAGUGUUGUGAACCCUAGCUUUCUCAAGAUUACAGGACAAUAUCAAUGAGUCAAUGCUAGAAAUGUGAUAAUUAAGAAAUAGAUCAGGAUAAGAAGGCUUGAGGCGUGAUAUUAUAUCACUUUCUUAAGCAAAUGCUUGUUUUAUUUAGAUAUCAGAUAUGCUCUUUUGGAGCAACGAGCAUGUUCUCUGUUAUGAGGCUCUUUCGAUCAUUAUUAUCACUCCAAUAUUACAAACUAUUUAAUAAUGAGAACACUUUCU